AUGUCGUCAUUCUACCGUAAGUUCAUUGGCGGGUUAUCCCGUAAACAACUUGAAACAGCCAAAAUUGGGUUUUAUCUCCUUACUCCCAUCAGUAUCAUGUACUACACAGGGUUGGAUACGGAUCAGAAGUUCAAUAUUCCUGGGUUCUGGCCCGAUCCUGCGACGUUGAAUCAGAUUCCCAAGGAGCCCUAUGAGAUCCAAGCGGAAAUUGCGCGGAUCCGUCGAGAACGGGCAGAGAAACGUAAGAGAUUAGAAGAGAGAGCAAAGAUGUUGGAGGAGGAACAUGAAUGA